UUCCAUCACCAAAACCCUACACCUCUUUCCUCCACUUCAUUCACCUCACUCUGCCUACACUCCAUAAAACCCUAAUCCCAACUACCAUGACGGAGCUCGACCAUUCUCUCUCCGAGAAGAAAAAGAAGAAGAACAAGAAGCACACCGAUGACGACACCACCACCACCACAGACACCACCGUCGCCACCGCCGCUGACUUCAUGAUCAAGCCGCAGAGUUUCACCCCAACCCUCGACACAUCACAAUGGCCAAUCCUCCUCAAGAACUACGACCGCCUCAACGUCCGUACAGGUCACUACACUCCGAUCCCAUCCGGUUACUCUCCGUUGAAGCGCCCCCUCCCCGAUUACCUCAAAUACGGCGUUCUCAACCUCGAUAAGCCCGCCAAUCCUUCCUCCCACGAGGUCGUCGCUUGGAUCAAGCGCAUCCUUCGUGUCGAAAAAACCGGCCACAGCGGAACCCUAGACCCUAAGGUCACCGGAAAUUUGAUCGUCUGCAUCGACCGCGCAACGCGGUUGGUGAAAUCGCAGCAGGGCGCAGGUAAGGAGUAUGUGUGCGUCGCCCGACUCCACUCCGCCGUCCCUGGUGACUCGACUCGAGUUGCCAGGGCUCUGGAGACUCUGACGGGCGCUGUGUUCCAGCGCCCGCCGCUUAUCUCCGCCGUUAAGAGGCAGCUUAGGAUUAGAACUAUUUAUGAGAGUAAGUUGCUUGAGUAUGAUCCUGAUAGGCAUUUGGUUGUGUUUUGGAUUUCUUGUGAGGCUGGGACUUAUGUUAGGACAAUGUGUGUUCAUUUGGGUUUGAUUCUUGGUGUUGGUGGCCAUAUGCAAGAGCUUAGGAGGGUUAGGUCUGGGAUCAUGGGGGAGAAGGAUAACAUGGUUACUAUGCAUGAUGUCAUGGAUGCUCAGUGGGUUUAUGAUAAUUAUAGAGAUGAGAGUUAUUUGAGGAGGGUUGUUAUGCCGCUCGAAGUGCUGCUGACUAGUUAUAAGAGGCUUGUUGUUAAGGAUUCGGCUGUUAAUGCGAUUUGUUAUGGUGCCAAGCUGAUGAUUCCUGGAUUGUUGAGGUUUGAGAAUGAUGUUGAGGUUGGGGAGGAGGUUGUGUUGAUGACGACUAAGGGAGAGGCUAUUGCGUUGGGGAUUGCAGAGAUGACAACUGCGGUGAUGGCAACUUGUGAUCAUGGUGUGGUUGCGAAGAUUAAGAGAGUGGUUAUGGAUCGGGAUACCUACCCGAGGAAAUGGGGGUUGGGCCCGAGGGCUUCGAUGAAGAAGAAAUUGAUUGCAGAGGGGAAGCUUGAUAAGCAUGGGAAGCCGAAUGAGAAGACACCGCAAGAGUGGAUGAGGAAUGUGGUUUUGCCGACAGGUGGGGACAGCAUAAUUGCCGGAAUGGCUGCUUCGGUUGAGGCAGAUGGAGAGGGGAAAAAGAGGAAAGCUGCGGAGGCCGAUGGUAGCCCUGCGGCUGUUACUGCUAAGAAGGCUAAAGUUGAGGAAGUUGAGAAGGUUGAAGUGGAAGAGAAGGUGAAGGUUAAGAAGGUGAAGGAGGAUGUUGUGGAUAUUGAGGUCGAGAAGAAGGAGAAGAAGAAAAAGAAGAAGAAGGAUAAGGAGAAUGAAGUGGCAUCUUCAGAUGAGGAGAAAACUGACAAAGAGAAGAAAAAGAAACACAAAGAAAAGGAAGAAGCUACUUCACCGGAGAAAGAUAAAUCUGAGAAGAAGAAAAAGAAGAAGGACAAGCAUACUGAGGAAAAUGGAAAGGAUGGUAGUGAUGCUGACAGAAGUGAGAAGAAGAAGCAUAAAAAGAAGAAAAAUAAAGAUGCAGAUGAAGAAUAGGCAGCAGAUAUGUACUUAGGAAGUUUGGUUGGUUAAUCACUUCUCUCUGUUGUCCAUCUUCCAAAAAAUUUUCCCAGUUUGCAUUUAGGAUAUGCACUUUAUCUUUAAUACCUUGAUGUUAUUGGUAGUCUUUUUUGCCUUUCGUCAAUAGUUAUGUUUCAGAAAAUUUGUGGUAUGCUUAUAUGUACUCUGGUUAACUUUGUAUUGUGUUUUUGAAUGAGCAUCCACUAAUGGUUAUAUUGGCUGGCGAAUAUCUGUAGGAACUUCAAAUUUAAAUUGUUUUGAUUUAUCAUGAUUCAUGAUUGACCUAUUUCAGGGCCCGAA